UACAUCAGUAUUUUUGAGAAUGGUUGUCAGAGGUUUGCAGAUGUGGGAAUUGCCUUUAAUGAUUCCAAGGCCAUCUGGAUGCUUUUACAUGGGCUACCAGAAACACUACAGUGGGUUGUCUUUCAAAGUCUCACCCUCAGUUUCUACAAUAAGACAACACCAUCUUCCACCUCCACUUCCACCACUUUGAUAACUACUCAGUCUGUGACAUUCAAAAACAUAGCCACCGUGUUCACUAAGGAAGCUAAUCAACAGCAAGGUUAG